CAAAUUUGAAUUAUAAAAAAAUUUAAAAUAAAUUAACAAUUCAAAUUCUGUAAUUAGAAAUUAUGCUACACUUAUAAAAUUUGUAGGUAGAAAAGCCCGGAAGGAUCUAAUCAAAUAAAGCCCAAGGUCAUGAUGCCACUAAAAGCUAAAAACACAAAACUUCAAUUUUUCCAGGGAAUUGGCCUUGAGUUGAGAUUUCGCAAAAUGGAAUUUUAGUCAUCUACAAAGAUAGGAAAUAUUUUGCUGCAGUUAAAACUACAAUUUUCGCAUUAAAAUGCUAACAAAAACUCUUUUACGAACUGUUCGUUUAAAUUUUCAAAAUGCAUUCAAACGAAGCAGCUACUACAACUAUCAUCAACAAAGGAUGACGUCUAACAAUUCAGCAGACAUGCUAGCAACUUUCACCUGUAACGCACAGGAAAGAAUUGCUACCUUACCUGAAUUGAAACUAGCAAUAACCAAGGACAUGGGAGUGGAUAAAGGAUAUGACCCGAUUCAGAAAGACCGUUCGCACUUACUGAAAUACCUUCCAAAAAGCCAAAAUGAGUUACCAAAGCGUGCCAUGAAAGAUAGUUUUUUAGUUGGAAUAAUCCCUUUAUCCAAAGACAAAGCGCUAAGAGAUAAAUACACCACAUUUCUGGGUCAAGUUAGGAUCGGUAGAUUGUUAGAGGAUAUGGAUAUAUUUGCUGUAAUGGUAGUGCACAAGCACAUUCAAAAUCCAAAUAAACCAGAAAAUGAAAUUUUUCCUUACACGAUUGUAACUGCUCAAGUCGAUAAAAUAGACUUCACUGAGUUCAUACCUAAAACUGGUGAAGAUAUAAAAAUAUCCGGUCAUGUCAGUUGGGUAGGAAAAUCUUCCCUGGAAGUUGUUGUGUGGUUAGAGCAAUUAAUGCACGGAACCUGGCAUAGAAUUACUAGAGCUCUAUUCUUGAUGGCUACCAGAGAUUCGGUUAACAGCAAAGCUUGUAUCGUGAAUUCACUUGAACCGGCCGAUGAUAGAGAAAAAGAAAUUUUAUCGGGAGGCGAAACUAGGAAGAAAAGGAGGUUUUUAAUGCAACAAAACCAUGUCUCGAAAUUAAUCCCUGAUGCUGAAGAGCAACAACUUAUCCACAACUUGUACAUUCGAACCAUGGAUAAGGAUAGUAGUGUGAGAAAAGUUCUUCCGCACGGUUGCGUUUGGAUGGCUAACGCUACAAUUUCAAACGUAAUCUUCUCCCAUCCGGAAGAGCGAAACAUGCAUAAUAAAGUAUUUGGAGGCUUCAUAAUGCGAAUGGCUCAAGAACUGGCGUGGGUCUUGGGUUUCACUUACAGCAAAUACAGGCCCGUCAUGAAGAGCAUCAGCGACAUUAGUUUUCAAAAGGCCAUUGCCGUUAGCUCUCUAAUAAGAAUGCACGCUAACGUGGUUUAUACUCAAUUAAAUUACAUUCAAGUGUUAGUUCACGUGGAGGUUUACAAUUCUAUAACGGGGGAAAACGAUACGACGAAUACUUUGCACUUUACAUUUCAAGUACCUGAAGUUGUUAACGAGGUCAUACCUCAAACUUACCACGAAGCGAUGAUGUAUAUUGAUGGUAGAAGACAUUUCGAGCACGUGAUGGGCAAAUUUAAUUUCCCCAGUAGAUUGUAAUUUUAUUGUUGUUUGUUAAGUUUAAAAAUUUUAAUGCUGUGAAGCUUUAAAAAUAAGCGCUUAUUGUGGUACUAUACGUAUAAUGAGUUGUAAUGUCUUCAAAAAGUAAGAACCGUCUUAACUAAUUAUAGGUAAUAUUAAGGAAUGAAUGAUAUUAGCUCCAUUUUUAUUUAUUUUAUAAUUUUUACAUUUUUAAUAGGUAAUAAAAG